AUGUUAAACACUGUUAAUUCAUUACAGUUGUGUACAAACAGCAAUUUGCAUGGAGGAGCAGAGAUAGUGGGACGGGCUUUAAACACUCGCCAAGAGACAGGCUGUCACGAAUGCUGCUUGACUGACGAAUGCAAUGGAAGGCUUUGUAGGCACGAAAAACCUAGCGCUUGCAUCGACUCGGAGACCGUGGACUGCGCACUUCUGAAUUCACUGUUGAACCUUUGCUCGGAUGUGGAUCAUGCGAAGACGAUAUGCCCAAAGUACUGUGGACUUUGCAAUCUUGUGGAUGGCAACUGGGCUGACUGGUCUUCCUGGACUCAAUGUGACGUCACGUGCGAACAUGGGACACAACUGCGUACACGCACCUGUACUAACCCAGCACCGAAAAAUGGCGGUGCGGAUUGUGUAGGUUCAGCCAAUCAAACAAUAGUCUGCGUCAGAAAACUAUGCCCUGUUCAUGGCGGAUGGAGCGUUUGGGAUAGCUGGGGUUCUUGUUCUGUGUCCUGUGAUGCAGGGCUUGCUACCCGUAGGAGGAAUUGUAGUAACCCGAAACCUGAAAGAUUUGGAGACCACUGCUUCGGGGAUCCAUUUGAAUCAAUGAUAUGCAUGCACAGACCCUGUGCCGACAGUGUCUAG